CGCAACGUGGUACAGCUAACUCCAGUGGCAUAAUCCUUCCAACGACAAUGUCGAUCACUGUUUUCUCUCCUUUGUCGCCAUGUGCUUGAAGAACUACUAGGUUUCCUCUUUCUACUGAACCUGUUCUGUCGCAUAAUCUGUCCAGCACAGUCGCCAGGGUAUCUCCGAAUCGAUCGACAUAAUUGAAACGAGUAGCUUCUCCCAGGUGCAAACGGAAGUCGCAUUCACGCUACCCACGCGCCUGUCGGCCUCGCAAAUCGAACUGCAGGCUUCUCUAUAUAAUAAUACAGCUUGGACGCGCGCGAGCGGUACGACUACAAUAUGCGAUUCCUCUCGUCGACCGCGCUGCUCGUAGUGGGAGCUCUUGCCACGUUGAUAAGAGCUGUGGAUACAAAGACAGAUGUGUCAAAAGAUGCGGGCGACUCGCCAGCGGACGAAACAUAUACAACCUUCAAUGGCCAGAAGGUGCCAGAACUAAAGGAAGUCGGAGAUAAGGCGCUGGACGAGUUGAUCCAGAAUGGGUAUACAGCUGUCAAGUUCUAUUCUCCAGGAUGCCAUCACUGCCAAGCGAUGGCUCCAGCAUGGAAGACCAUUUACGAAUAUUAUUGGACUUCGAAGCCUGUGCCGUCGACGACUACAGAAACCAAGGAGAGUCUUAAUGAUUUCCACCAUUACUACGGUUUCGACUUUGCCAGUGUCAACUGUAUAGCCUAUGGAGACAGCUGUUUCAAGUACGGCGUUGAUGGGUUUCCCGUUAUUAAAAUAUUCAAGGAUGGGAAGGAGGUAGACGAGUACAUCAGAAAAUCGGAUAUGCCAGCAAUGGGCGUUGAAACUAUCGGGAAGUUUAUUGAGAAGACACUGGAGACCAUCAGGCCGGGAUCCCGCGUCAAGGAUGGACCAGUGUGGCCAGAAGCAGGAGCAAAGAGUGUUGAGGGACUCAGCACUUCAGCGGCUGCUCCGAAGCCAACGGCUAUAGCAAAGACGAAUGCGAUCGCGCCGUCAACCCCCCCUAAGAAACCAAAAUCUCACAAAACCCCUUCAACCCCUGCAAACCCCCAUGGGGCGUCCGUCUCAUUUACUCCUGAGAGUUUCCAUACGCAGGUUACAGUGUCGCGGGACUCAUGGUUCGUCAAGUUCUAUGCUCCUUGGUGUCACCACUGCCAAACCCUUGCGCCGAUCUGGUCGGAGCUGGCGAAGGAAAUGGAGGGCAAGCUGAACAUUGGCGAAGUUAAUUGCGAGGAGCACAAGGCGUUUUGCAAGGAAGCGAAAGUACAAGGAUACCCGACUUUGGCCUUCUUUAGCGGUGGUGAACGAGUCGAUUACGAUGGACUGAGAGGCCUUGGAGAUUUGACCAGGUGGGCAGGCAGCGCAAUUGGGAUCGGUGAAGGCGUUAUGGAUGUCACAGCCGCCGAAUUCAAAACCUUGGAAGAGACGGAAGAGGUCAUUUUUGUCUACUUUUACGACCAUGCCACAACCAGCGAGGAUUUUGAUGCUCUCGACCGAGUUAUCCUGAGCUUGAUCGGCCAGGCGACGUUGGUAAAGACCAAAGAUCCAGAAAUGUAUGAACGGUUCAAGAUCACCACCUGGCCGCGACUGUUAGUGUCGAGGGAUGGCCGUCCAACUUACUACACUGCCCUUGCACCGUACGACAUGCGCGAUUAUCGUGGAGUCAUGCAGUGGAUGCAGUCUGUCUGGCUCCCUAUUGUGCCCGAGCUUCUUCCAGGAAACGCACGUGAAAUCAUGGACGGCAAGCUUGUCGUCCUGGCCAUCCUCAGACGGGAACGUCAAGAUGAGUUUAAGGCCGCUAAAAACGAGAUCAAGUCUGCAGCGAUGGAAUGGAUGGACAAGCAGAUUCAAAUGUUCCAGCUGGAGCGUCAGGAAUUCAGAGAUGCCAAGGGGCUCCGCAUCAAGGAGGCCGAGGCAAAGGAUGACCAGCGUGCAGUCAGAGCAGCGAAGAGCAUUCGCAUCGAUAUGACCAAAUCGGACCGCAAGGAAGUUACCUUUGCCUGGGUUGAUGGUGUAUUUUGGGAGAGAUGGAUUCGAACGACUUAUGGGAUCAAUAUCGCGGAUGGGGAGAGGGUUAUUAUCAAUGACGAGGAUAACCGACGCUACUGGGAUACUACUAUUAACGACAACUCCAUCCUGGCAUCUCGCACGUCCAUACUAGAAACCAUCCCCAAGGUGAUCACGUCGCCUCCGAAAAUCAAGCCAAAGUACACCAUCUCGAAUUUCUCAAAGGUCUUCUUUGACAUCCGCCGCGGCGCGGGAGCGCAUCCAAUACUGACCAUCGGACUGGUCGUUGCAAUUAUAUUAGCAGUCGUCGGAUUGGGACGCAAGAAGAGGAGAUCACGUGGAGGGUUCUUCCGCCUCGACGACGAGAAGAACCUGGGUCUGUUGGGGGGCGGUGGAAACGGAAAGGUGGACUGAGAAAGGCGACGAGAGUUGUAUGGUCGGGAACGAUGAGUGUAAAUCAUUGGGGGGCUAUUGGCGUUUCAAGUAUUCAUAGUGCCUUUUUGGGUGUUUCUUGGCUAGCGGGCCUGGACAACGAUAUUCCAUGCCCGUGGCUCAUGCAUUGCCAGGUGUAUGGGGUGUAAUUAUUAUGGUUUCUCACAAAUAACUGAUGCAUCAAAU